GUCCGUUGCAACACAUCCAGCUCCACUGUAGAGCUCUCCGCUGGCGGCCCCCCUCUACGCCUGUCUAGUGCGGUGCGACAGGUACCUCACCUAGCCUAUGGGCCACUGAUUAAAAAAUAAAAAUUAUUCCAGCUGGGCCAUCUCUUGGGCGUCUACAGCACCACCCCCCCCCCCUCCGCUCUUUAGAACCUGCACGCCACUGGGCGGCCGAACCGACGUAACAAGAAACGGAACCGUGACCACCCACGCUCCGCAAGCUGGAUCGAAGGCCCGACAAGGCAAACUCUCUUUUUCUUUUUUUCUUUUUGGCCAAACCACCACCAGGCAGCAACUCCUUUGCUGUUUUUUAUUUCUUUUCUUGCUCUUGUAUUUCCAAUAUUGCAUUGCUGGUCUUCGAAUAGCAAUUCCAUCGGGACCUGACGACGGUCAUCAUCACUACCAUCGCCCACUGCAGGGCUACUACUCCCACCAUCACCGCAAGCUUGCAGCGACAUUGUCCACGGCCGUCUGCGAGCUCUUCUUCUUCCGACAUCACCAUCACACACCUCCUCUCUAACAGCAAUGGAGCACGAAGGCUACUCUAGCGGCGCCUACCGCUCGAACCACGGCCCUGCCCCGUCAGCGGCCACGUCCGCCAUCCAGACCCCUCUGCGCCCUGGAUCCCCCAACACAGACAACGGCCGCAAUCCCUUUGGCGACCACCACGGCGACGGCGCCUCUAGCCACCGUCAAACCAACAGCAAUGGCCUCAAUCCCUUCUCUAGCCCGUCAGCAUCGCGCCCCCCGUCCAGCUUCGACUCGUCGAGCGCCCUGGGCCCCAGAUUCGAGGAGCGCGCCCAGCGCUUCUUCCACUCCCGCCUUGUCAAGAAGGGCGAGGUGGAGAAGCCAUGGAUGGAGAAGAAGGACCCCAAGGAGAAGUGGGUGACUAUCUUGCCCAUCGUUGGCAUCCUAAUUGGCCUUGGUAUCUCGGGCUUCCUUGUCUGGGACGGCCUGCGCAGUGUCGUCCACCACAAGUACUGCCCUAUUAUGGACGAGACGUUUGGCAGCGGCUCGCUCAACGAGGACAACUGGUUGAAGGAGAUCCAAGUCGGCGGCUUCGGCAACGGCGAAUUUGAACAGACUACUGGUAGCGAAGAAAACGUCUUCAUCAAGGACGGCAAGCUCGUCAUCAAGGCGACGCUCCAGGAUGCGGAAAAGAUGGACAAGGACAACGUCAUCGACCUUCUCAAGGACGGCACCUGCACAUCCAAGCUUGCCCGCGACUGUAUCGCCGCCACCAACACCACGGCCGGCAACGCUACCACUGUUCCCCCCACUAAGUCUGGCCGCAUCAUCAGCAAGAAGACCAUCAAGUACGGCCGCAUCGAAGUCACUGCCAAGCUCCCCCAGGGCGACUGGCUGUGGCCUGCUAUCUGGAUGAUGCCCAAGGACAACAAGUACGGCCCCUGGCCCCUCUCUGGCGAGAUUGACAUUAUGGAAUCCCGCGGCAACAACUACACAUAUGCCCAGGGCGGCAACAACAUUGUCUCGUCCGCGCUGCACUGGGGCCCCGACUCUGCCAACGACGCCUGGUGGCGCACCAACAACAAGCGCCAGGCGCUGCACACCACAUACAGCAGCGGCUUCAACACAUACGGCCUCGAGUGGUCCGAGAAGUACCUCUUUACCUAUGUCAACACGCGUCUGCUGCAGGUCCUCUACACCAACUUUGACCAGCCCAUGUGGAAGCGCGGCAACUUCCCUGAGAUCACCUCCAACGGCACCCGCUUCAAGGACCCCUGGACCGAGACCAACCGCAAGAACACGCCCUUUGACCAGCCCUUUUACCUGAUUCUCAACCUCGCUGUCGGCGGCACCAACGGCUGGUUCGAGGACGGCAAGUCGGGCAAGCCCUGGUUCGACCACUCUGAGCGUGCGCGCAGAGACUUUUGGGACGCCCGUGGCACAUGGGAGCCUACUUGGGUGUCACCGCAGCUCGAGAUUUCGCGCGUGGUCAUGCAGCAGCAGUGCGACGGUGGUGAAGGUGAACUCUAAACAUGAUGGGUUCAUGUACAGACAAGGAUGGAUGGCGUUUUUUUCUUCUUUUUAUUUUGGGGUAUCUGUUGAAAUCAUAGACGCUAAUGAGGCAAAUCAUUCAGGAUAUUAUUUUCUUCUUUUUUUAUUAGGAUUAUAGAAACCUUCCUAACAGCAUAUAAUCAUUUCAUGUUACUAUUUAAAGGCCCUUCCCGCCCCAUGUGGACUUGCGUCGUGGUCUACUGUAAGCCGGUCCGUCUCAGCCUGAACCUUAUGAUCCGUAAGAGCGAUCAGGCUAGGCUGUGAAAGGCAAUAUUUUCCAAACACUGGAAUUCACACCCAACGACGAAAUACUACCAUAGUAAAAGUAAACCUUCUACACGAAACAAAGGACAGAGUCUUGGCCCGCUCGGUGCCGUGCAAGUUCGCAUCGCAUCGCAUAGUGAAGCGGAGACAAAGAGAAAUCGAUAGUCCGCAAGCUAACGCAGGGGGCCGGGGGUGUGCGUUGGCAUUGGCCCUACCGCCAACGUCAUGGCUUCCGUCUUGCUUUUUUGUUUCCAUUCCUUUGCUUGCUUAUUUUCCGUUUCACAGGAUCCUACGGACAUGCACAUUCUACAAGGAACGAAGAAAGCAAUACUCCUUGGUUAUCAGUAGCCAUCCAUGGCGAGUUUGGGGGGUGGCCAUGGUUGCAUGCAAUACUGGGUCUUCCCGCUGGCAACUUUCGAUAAGGCGCUACUACUCGCACAGGCUGCCUGAUACAAGAGAUGAGAAAAAUUACGCCUUUG